CCCGAAUAUCUACAACAUGCGACCAGCUCUGACAUGACCCUCUGCUCCUACCUGCCCAGCUUCUCGGAUCGUUUGUAAUUCUGCGUCACCUAAAUAUUUUCUUGCAGAGACGCACGACCUCGACAGCAAGCUGAAGAGCUAUCCGCCGCCAUGCCUCAGCCAUUGGCUUCCAAGGAGAAUUCUCUCUUCCGUUCAGUCGUGAAGAAUUAUGAGUCCAAACAAUACAAGAAGGGACUCAAGGCCGCAGAACAGAUCCUGCGCAAACACCCCAACCAUGGCGACACCCAAGCCAUGAAAGCCCUCAUCCUGAAUUCCCAAGGCCAAGCCGACGAGGCGUUUGCGCUCGCCAAAAUUGCUCUCAAGAAUGACAUGCGGUCCCAUGUUUGCUGGCAUGUCUACGGCUUGCUCUACCGCUCCGUGAAGAACUACGAGGAGGCAAUCAAGGCGUACAAAUUUGCACUGAAGAUUGAGCCGGACUCCAACAAUAUCCUGCGGGAUCUGGCGCUGCUGCAGGUGCAGAUGCGGGACUACCAGGGCUAUAUUCAGAGCAGGACGCUGAUGUUGAAGACGCGGUCACAACAACGGCAGAAUUGGACUGGGUUGGCGGUGGCGUACCACCUCGCUGGCGAUCUGAAAGAGGCGGAGAAUAUACUGGUCACAUACGAAGGCACUUUGAAGAGCACACCGCCUAAGACGGACAUUGAGCACUCGGAAGCGUCGCUGUACAAGAACACAAUUAUAGCGGAAUUGGGAGAUGUGAAACGGGCGUUGGACCACUUGGAGAGUCUCUACAAGAUCAAUCUGGACCGGACUGCUGUCAUGGAGUUGCGCGCCGAGUACUUGCUGAAACUGGAGAGGUACGAGGAGGCCGAGAAGGCGUACCGCGCGUUAAUAGACAGGAACAACGAGUACCGGGAAUACUACGAUGGGCUAGAACGCGCUAUGCAGCUGGACAGGUCGAGCGAGGAGUCGCGGUCAAAGCUCAAGGGGCUUUAUGAAGAGUACGCAGCGAAGUUUGAGCGUUUAGAUGCCGCCAGAAGGAUACCGCUGGACUUCCUAGAAGGGGAUGAGUUCAAAGCAGCAGUCGACCCAUACCUACGACGGAUGUUCAACAAAGGCGUCCCCUCGACAUUUCCCAACAUUAAAGCUUUGUACGCGGAUCCAUCGAAGAAAGCGACAAUAGAAGAACUCGUGACUGGGUAUACAUCUGAGAAAAAGGUAAACGGAUCGGCAGAUGCGUCGACUAACGGAGAAGUUUCGGAGCGUUUCGACCAAUCCGUACUAUACUUCCUUGCACAACACUACAACUACCAUCUCAGCCGCGACUUAAAGAAAGCCACGGAGUAUAUAGACAAGGCGCUCGAGUUGAACCCAAAAUCUGUGGACUACAACAUGACCAAGGCCCGGAUAUGGAAGCACCUUGGCAACACCAAUAAGGCCACCGAAACCAUGGAGCAUGCCCGACAGCUGGACGAAAAGGACCGUUACAUCAACACGAAGUCCGCCAAAUACCAACUCCGCGCCGACCAGAACGAAGCAGCAUUGAAAACCAUGAGCAAGUUCACGCGGAAUGAGACCCACGGUGGCCCACUUGGAGAUCUCCAUGACAUGCAAUGCAUGUGGUACAUAACCGAGGACGGUGAAUCCUACCUACGACAGCGCAAUCUUGGCCUCGCAUUGAAGCGAUUUAAUUCCAUCUACGACAUUUUUGACAUUUGGCAAGACGACCAAUUCGAUUUCCACAGCUUCUCUUUGCGGAAAGGACAGAUCAGGGCAUACGUGGACAUGAUCAAAUGGGAAGACCACCUACGACAACAUCCAAUGUUCACCAGGGCAGCCGUCUCCGCGGUGCGGAUAUUCAUACUCCUCGCCGACGACCCAUCAUUGGCGAAUAAGAAAGAGAAUGAGGAAAACCUGGAUCCAGCUGAGAGAAAGAAGGCUGCAAAGAAAGCGAGAAAGGAGCAGGAGAAGCUAGAGAAGGAGGCGGCUGAGAAGAAGGCUGCUGCGGCGAAGAAACCACCGACAGGCGCAGAUGGCGAGCCAAAGAAGGAAGACCCAGAUCCGAAGGGGGAGAAGCUCAUCCAGACAAAGCAGCCACUGGAGGACGCGAUGAAGUUCUUGACGCCGCUCCUUGAGUUCAGCCCUAAGAAUGUGGAGGCACAGAUUUUGGGCUUUGAGGUCUUCAUCAGGAGAAACAAACUCCUACUAGCCCUAAAAUGCCUCCUCGCAACCACAUCACUGGACCCCGAAAACCCUACUCUCCACGAGCAAGCUAUCCGUUUCCGCCAUGCCCUCGACAACUCAGCCGCCUCUCUUCCCCCCAAAGUCUCCGAGGUCAUAACCGCCCAGUUCACCCUCAUCCCGGCUUCCCAACCCCUCCCUGCCUUCAACGACGCCUUCUUAAAAUCCCACUCCGAGUCUCCUCCCGCCCUGCACGCGGGAUUGAAAGCUCGCUACCUCCUCGACCCAGCCUCGAAGGCGCAGAAUGAAAAAGAUUUGCUAGCUACGCUCGACCUGCCGGACAUCUCGUUUGAGGAGGCGAAAAAGGGGCUGGCGUUAUUAGCGGAGUGGGGAAGUGAGAAGGGGGUAAAGGAUGAGUAUAAAGAGAAGGCUAGGGGGAAGUGGACAGAGGGUGGGGUGUUCCAGUAG